UGUGUCAUUAGGCAGCAGUACUGCGACUAGAGAGGUUGUGUGAGAGAAGCGAUGGGAUUAUUAACCGAUUCGGGAUAGAUUUCUGACAGACAGACCUGUACUGAAUGUAUGUGAAGGUGGCCAAUGAAGAAGCAUUAAGAUGGCAGUGAGGUGGACUGCCUGGGCUGGUGUGUCCAGUCUGCUCCAGUGGUUGGUGUGGAUUGGGGCAUUACACCUCCAGUCUGGUGCUGCCCAGUACCCACCCUAUCUUACCAGGGAAACCUUUCACUUCACCAAGCCCUACUACAAUGCCAGCAUCGUAGAGAACUCUAUUGGCAAGACAUAUGUAACAGCCAUGGAUAAGAUGGGUAUUUACACAUACCUGGAGGGACCACAGAUUGAUAUUUAUUAUGAGAUCGUUGGCGGUGAUGAGGGUAAGAUAUUUAAACCAGAAGAAUAUAUCGUAGGGGAUUUCUGUUUUCUUCGCAUAAGGACACACACUGGCAUUUAUGGAAAUGUGAACAGAGAGCUCCAUGACAGCUACACAUUGCAGGUCAAGGCAGUUGGGAAAUACGAAUCCUUACCGUUAAGACUCGAGGCAGUGACGGAAGUGAAGAUCUGGGUGGAAGAUGCAAAUGAUCUGAGUCCUUUGUUUGAACCAAGGGAAUACGAUGUGGUAGUGAAUGAGAACGCUGCGCUGCACAGCAGCGUGGCUCAGGUGACUGCUUCUGAUGCUGAUGUAGGUGUUAAUGGCGAGAUUUAUUACAGCUUCUUACAGGACACUAAAGUUUUUGCCAUUCACCCGACGAGUGGCAUUGUGUACGUGACAAGGCCUCUGAGCUACUCUGAUCGCAAGGAGUAUCUCUUUGAUGUUUUAGCAGAAGACAGAGGCCCAAAGAAAGACAGCACAGUCAGCUCUACUAAAACAUCAGCUAAGUUACACAUUACCGUGAUUCAGGUGAAUUUCUUUGAGCCUGUCAUAGCUGUAAAGAACCUGCCCGCCGUGGUGGAGCAUGGCAUGGCCUCUGUGUAUGCCAUUCUGACCGUCAGUGAUGCUGACAAAGGUAAUAAUGGGAAGAUUGGCAGUGUAGACAUAAUAGCUGGCAACAGAGAAGGCCUUUUUCAGGUGGCUCCUGCUAAAGACAAGGCUGGAGAGUAUGUGAUAGAAGUGAAGGAUGAACUGGACAGAGAGAUAAUGCCCUGGGGCUACAAUUUAACAGUGUUAGCCAUGGACAAGGGCAGUCCUGCUAAGAGCACCACAACAUCAGUGCAUGUGAAGAUUCUGGACACCAAUGAUAAUGCACCAAAGUUUGCCCAGAAACAGUACAAAGUCCAAGUGGAAGAGACGGUGCCAGUGAACACACCAUUGCUGUUUGUAGAGGCUGGAGACAAAGAUCUGGGCAAAAAUGCGGAAAUACUUUACUCCAUCAAGGCUGGGAACUCCAAAAACCUCUUCAAAAUUCACCAGUGGAAAGGACUGUUAAGUACAGCUGGAGAACUCGAUGCAGAAACACAAGACACCUUUGAGCUGGUGAUUAGUGCUGUGGAUCAAGGCAAUACUGGAUCUCGAAAAGAAGGCACGACCAGAGUCUCCGUCAAAGUCAUUGACUGCAAUGACAAUUCACCUGUUUUUAAUGUGACAAGUAAUUCAGUAUUUGUAGAUGAGAAUAAACCCGUAGGAACGGAUGUAUUUCAGGUUUCGGCGUACGAUCUUGACAGAGGCGAAAAUAGUUACUUGAGUUUUUCCAUUGCUAAUUUAAAUCCGGUGCCUUUUGACAUCAAUCGAUUUACCGGUGUGGUCAGAACAACUGAUGUGUUAGACUUUGAAUCCAUGCGGCGGACUUACAAGAUCAAAAUCCGUGCUUCUGAUUGGGGGGCACCAUUCAGAAGGGAAUCUGAGAAAGUAUUUACGAUUAGAGUGAGGGAUGUUAAUGAUAACACCCCUGAGUUUGAGAAGACAAACUGUACAGGCUAUGUGGCAAGAGAAGCCCCAUUAGAUACAGAGCUCUUGGUGGUGUCCGCCAUCGAUCAGGAUGUCAACAACAUUGUCAGUUACCAGAUAGUUGAUGGUAAUACGGACAACUGCUUUGAUCUGGAUUCUUCUACAGGAAAGCUUCUGUUGAAGUGUACACUUAUGAACUACCCCGCAGACCGCGUCAUCUUGGUUAUCAAGGCCACAGAUAGUGCAACAUUUUCUACUCCUAUGAUGGUGAACAUCACACUUGUCAACACAAACGGUAACGUUCAUUUAGCAAACAACAACGCUAAUAUCCAUUGUAAAGAUACAGGGGUGAUUGAGAAAACCAGUAAGCUUCUGCAGGAAUCCAAGAGGAACAAUGAUGAUUCCAGAGACCUGGAUAUGAUGUCAAACAUACCAAACAAGUUCCUGCACAAUGAGCACACUCCAGUUUUUGACAACAAUGUGCGUCAUGCUCUUGCUGUUUCUGAAGGAAUGCCAGUUGGAGCUACUGUCCUGCAGCUCAAAGUCACUGACGAGGACCCGACAUACAACGGCAUGUUGGUGUUCUCCAUUAGCUCAGGGGAUGAGGGCUUCUUCAAGGUAGACACCAAGUCCGGGGCGCUUACAGUUCUGUCUAAGUUGGACAGAGAAUUAAAUAGCUCUUUGAACUUGACUGUAAAAGUGUCAGAUCUGGGAGAGCCUCAGUUGAGCAGCACAACAUUUUUAGCCGUAACUGUGUUGGACGAAAACGAUUGUGCUCCUAAGUUUGACAAGGAUUCUUACUCGGUGUCCAUUUCUGAGGAUGUGAAAGUAGGAGCCUUCACUGUGCAAGUAUCUGCUGUGGACAAAGACCAAGGCAAGAACUCGGAGGUCACUUACUCCAUUUUAUCGGACACGGAUGACUUCCAUAUUGAUGGCUGGAGCGGUGUGAUCACUGUCAACCUUCCUCUUAAUCGCGAGAUGCAGGAUGUCUAUUAUCUGCUGGUUCAGGCUAUGGAUGCUGGUCAGGAGCCGCUGUCAUCAACCACCACGGUCACAGUAACGGUAGAGGACAUAAACGACAACAGGCCUUAUUUCAUCCCCAGUGACUACACAGUGAAAAUCCGUGAGGAUCUGCCCGUAGGAACAGUGGUCAUGACCAUAACUGCUCAGGACCCAGAUAUUGGUGGUGGUGGACUUGUCAAAUACAUGUUACAGGAUGGAACUGAUGGCAAGUUCAGCAUUGACCAUGACACAGGUGUGAUACGCAUUGUCAGGCCACUGGAUUUUGAGAAGAAACAGGUGUUCAAUAUAACAGGUGUUGCUCGAGACAACGGCAACCCUGCGUUCAGUUCUGAAUGUAAAAUUAAUAUAGAAAUCAUUGAUGUUAAUGAAAACCUUUUCCCACCAGAGUUCAGAAAUUUUGUGGCCAAAGGUUCAGUGAAGGAGAACGAACCUUUAGGAUCUGUGGUGAUGCAGGUGGUUGCUAAGGACCCGGAUUUGGGAGGGUACCGUCCAGAUUUGGUGCUGUACUCCAUUCGUGAGGGCACUGGCUUGGGACGAUUUACCAUUGACUCUGAUGGCACAAUUCGUACCAAUCAGGUGUUGGACAGGGAAACCGCGUCACACUACUGGCUGACCGUUUAUGCUCAGGAUCGUGGGGUGGUUCCUCUACACUCUCGCUUGGACGUAUUUAUCGAGGUGGAAGACCUGAAUGAUAAUAUCCCCCAGACCAUAGAGCCGGCGUACUACGCGUCCGUGGUAGAGAACAGCAAGGCAGGCGUUACUGUGGUAAAGAUAGAGGCAGAGGAUGGUGACCAGAACCCUCUACAGAGGUUACAGUUUGACAUCACGGGUGGGAACCCCCAGGGCUUCUUCAGGAUUGACCCAGUGUCAGGUGCCGUGCUGACAACAAAGCGACGAUUGGACAGGGAACGUCAGAGCGAGCACAUCUUGGAGAUAACGGUCAGUGACAAUGGUCAGCCUAACCUGUCAUCCACGUCCAGAGUUGUGGUCAAGGUGGAGGAUGAGAAUGACAAUGCUCCACAGUUCACGGAGCGUGUCUACAGGGUUAGGAUCCUUGAGCCCUUGCCCGGUGCCCAGUCGGUGUCACUCUUUAGGGUGGUGGCAUUCGACAAGGACUCUGGAGUCAAUGCUGAAAUCACCUACACUGCCAAAGGAACAAGGACAAAGUUUCAUGUCCACCCAAAAACCGGGGAGAUCACUGCCCUCAGUCCACAGGAUCUGAUUAAAGGAAGCGACCAUUCUGUUAGCAUCAAGGCUGAGGAUGGCGGAAGUCCACCCAGGAAGUCCAUUGCACGCGUCAGAGUGGAGGUACUGGGUAGACCCGACCGUUCCGUCCACCCGCCCAAGUUUGACAGGGCUGAUAUGACCGUCAGUGUCAUGGAGGAUGACAAAUUGGGCAGUAUGGUGGCCCUUUUAGGAGCCACUGAUGAUGACCAUGACAAACUUUGGUAUAACAUCACAGGAGGCAAUGAAGAGAAAAAGUUUGUGAUUGGAAUAGAAGAUGGAAUCGUGUUACUGGCACAGUCCCUUGACUGGGAGCAGAGGAACUCUUACAACCUCACCAUCAGCGUCACUGAUGGUGUUCACACAGCCUAUUGUUGGUUGAAUGUCAAGGUUCAGGACAACAACGACAAUGCUCCUGUAUUCUCCCAGACAUUGUACAUAGGUCAGGUUUCAGAAAGUGCAGAGGUCGGCACCAGUGUCCUUGAGGUCACGGCUACUGACCUUGACAAGGACAACAAGCUACUGUACACAAUCCAUGGUGCUGCGAAUCGUGUCAGCAUGGAAAUGUUCCAAAUUAACUCGCUAACAGGUCAAAUCUCUGUGAAGGAACCACUGGACCAUGAGGCACUGAAUAAACACCAGCUAGUCAUCAUGGCCAGAGACAAGGGAGUUAAGCCAUACCGGAGCUUUGCAAAAGUUGUCAUCAAUGUACAGGAUCACAAUGACCAUGCUCCUGAGUUCCUCUCUGGCAGGUUUGAAGGGCGAGUGUUUGAGACAGCUGCCAUUGGGACGUCUGUCGUCCAGGUGAUGGCGUUCGACAGAGACAAGGGAGAUAAUGCAGAGAUCCAGUACUCCAUCGUGUCUGGUAAUGUAGGAAAUGCUUUUGGCAUUGAUGAGAAGUUGGGUACCAUAACAGUGUCUGAAGAGCUGGAUCGCAAUGAACAGUCCUCUUACCUGUUGGUUGUUAAAGCCACUGACAAAGGUGAACCUUCCAUGAGUAGUACAGCAAGAGUGAAGAUUUUUGUCACCAUUUCGAAUAAUGCUCCACCGAAGUUCCGCUACACAGAGUACACAUCUGAGCUGGAGGAAAAUUCCGCCCCCGGAGAGGCCAUAGUCACAGUUAAUGCCGAGAGCUGCUCAUCUGUUGUCUAUGAGAUCAUCCACGGGGAUGACAAUUCCACCUUCUCUAUCAACCCCAAUUCUGGCAUCCUCUCCAACAGAAUCAGUUUUGACUACGAAAAGGAUCAGUUCUUCAACUUGACUGUACAAGGAACCAAUAUGGUGGGAGCAACUGCAACAACGUAUGUUCUUGUCCAUAUUGUAGACAUGAAUGACAAUAGACCAGAAUUUCUUAAGCCAGUCUAUGUAGGAAAUAUCACAGAAUGUACAGCUGCUGGUUCAGUUGUUCUUGACAGUGAUUUGGGUCCUUUGGUGAUCCAGGCAAGGGAUAAAGACUUCGGCAGAAACGGUCUCUUGGUGUAUGAGAUCAUGGGAGUGGAAGCCAAGAAAUACUUCUCAAUUGACUCUAGUACAGGUGCCAUUAAAACAGCAGCACUUCUUAACCACGAGGAAUUUACUGUCAUUGAGUUUGAGGUGAAGGUCAGUGACACGGGAAAGCCACAGUUGACCACAGAAGAACCUGCACGGGUGGUCAUCUACAUUGAGGACAUCAACGAUUCCCCGCCAGAAUUUUCCUCUCCUGUGUACAAUGCGACCGUUUUGUUACCAACCUACAAAGACGUUCACUUCUUGACUCUGGAAGCCACUGAUCCAGACACGGACGUGCAGAGCAACUUGGUCUUCCAGAUUUCUGAUGGGAAUGAUGAAGGCCAUUUUGGAAUCAACAACAGUAGCGGUGCUUUGUUUGUCAUAGAUGAACAGAAUAUGAGUGAGAGCUACUCUUUAGCCGUCACAGUCAGCGAUGGAGAGUUUACAGGAAAAGCUCUCGUGAACAUUACUGUCAAGAAAACUGAAAACAGUGGGCUAGAAUUCACAGAGGACACCAUAUCUGUAGACGUGAUGGAAAACGUGACAGGUGUCAAAAACCUGGCGGUCAUUCAGGUCAAAGGUCAUGUCAUGAACGAGCACCUCACCUUCUCCAUACUGAACCCGAGCAAGCUGUUUAAGAUCGGACCGACGUCUGGUGUGUUACAGACAACUGGACACCUGUUUGACAGAGAGACACGAGAUAGGUACAGCCUGGUGGUAGAAGUCCGUGAUGCGCGCCCAGAGCCCAGACUAGCUCACAUCGUCGUCAGCGUCACUGUACUGGAUAAGAAUGACAACGCUCCUAUGUUUGUUAACCAGCCAUACUACUCAAUACUGUCAGUGGAGUCUGGAAGAGGAGAAACUGUGCUACAGGUACUGGCUAUUGACAAGGACCUUGGGGAGAAUGGAGCAGUGACGUACAGACUGGUGGAUGGGGCGGAGGGCAAGUUCACCAUCCACCGCAGUACAGGGGAGAUCUACCUGUCAGAGUUACUGACCACGGUCCAGGAGAACACACAGUUUGAUUUGCUGGUCGAGGCCAUGGACAGAGGAACUCCAUCACUGAAGUCACAGACUGUGGUACCUGUUAAGGUGAUUACAAAAGCCACACCUGUAUUCAGCCAACAGUAUUACAGUGUGAGCAUACCUGAGAACAUUCAGCUUCACUCCCCUGUCAUCAGUCUUCAGGCCGGCAGUCCCAACGGACAGAAACUCAUCUACUCCAUUACCAAGGGAGAUAAAUAUGGCGAGUUUGCUGUCGACUUUAAUACAGAUAUGGACGUAUUAGGGCCAUGUGUGCUAUAUGUAGUGGACCGCUUGGAUAAUGAGGGUGUGGUCAGGAGUUAUGAACUAACUCUGCGAGCCACGGAUGUGAUGACGGGUUCGUACUCGGAGACCACCGUCAUGGUGGAACUAGAGGAUGUCAACGACAACGCCCCUCAGUUUGAGAGCCAGAGUUACAUGUCUGUCAUCUCUGAGGCAGUGCGCACUGGCAGUAAGGUGCUGAGCGUUUCCGCGACGGACCAGGACGAGGGCAUGAACAAGAUGGUGCGUUUCAGUCUAGCAGACAUCUCCACAGACAGGAACGACAGCACGUACUUCCAGAUAGACUCAGAGACAGGCGUACUCAGCACUAGGCUCCUCCUCGACCAGGAAACUCAGGCGGAGUUUCGCUUCUUUGUGGUGGCAACAGAUAGCGGAAUGCCAGCCCUCAGCUCCUCCUCUUUGACACGAAUUACGCUCUCAGAUCUCAACGACAACCCUCCAACAUUUGACCAACCUUCUUACAACUGUCUCAUUACGGAGCAGCUGAGGCGUGGGGAGUUUGUUACCAAGGUGACAGCCUCUGACCCAGACUCCUCUGACGCUGGUCAGCUACAAUACUCCAUUGUAGGCGGCAAUGAUCAACAAGCUUUCAUCGUUGAGAAGAACUCUGGGAUUAUUCGCCUCUCUGACCAAAGAACGCCCAAUUUACAGUCCAGUUACACCCUGAACAUCUCGGUGACAGAUCAGGUCUUCACCAACUUCGCCCGUGUACAGAUCUCUGUCAAGUCACUGAAUAACUACGCUCCUAAGUUCUCCCAGGACAUGUAUUAUGCGGAGUUCUCAGAGAACAUUGGGGAGGGAAUGCUGGUGACAACUGUGUCGGCAGUGGAUCAGGACAUUGGGACAUUUGGAGCCCUCAGCUACAGCAUCACAAGUGCCCUGUCCGAUGAAAUCUUCAGAAUGGAUGCUGAUACUGGUGAGAUGUUCUCCAGGAAGAUCUUGGACCGUGAGACCCAGAGCCAGUAUGAGGUUCCCAUUGCCGUCACGGACAACGGAGGCUUCAUGGCCUUUAGCUCCGUCCUGGUCACUGUGUCUGACAUGAACGACAACGUCCCACAGUUCCUGGUGCAGGAGUACAAGGGCAACGUAUACCAUGAUGCUUCUAUCAACUCUACUGUUCUUCAGUUGCGAGCCACAGAUGAUGACACUGGGGACAAUGGGGAUGUAGUUUACUCAAUCUUUAAUGGGGAGAACUCCAAAGCCUCCGAGUUCAUCGAUGUGGACCCAGACAGCGGUGUGAUAACAGUCAAGGACGGUCUGGAAAACUCUGUGAACCAAGUGUACCAGUUCUUUGUGCAUGCCACAGACCGUGGUAGCCCCUCCCUGGAGAACAACGUCCCUGUGGAGAUCCUUGUGAUGGGGCCCAUGGACGCCCCACCCAUGUUUGAUCAGCCAGGCUAUUCAUUCUUCAUACCUGAGAAUACUAGACCUAACACUAUCAUCGCAACCAUCACAGCCCAGAGCAAUGACACCGUCACCUACAGUAUUGUCCCAGGCUUCACAAGGGGAAGUAACAACCCGGCUAAAUUCAGUAUUAACGGAGAGGGGAAGAUUCGAGUGUUGGGAGAGCUGGAUCGUGAGACAACGAGCAGCUUCACGCUGACGAUACGGGCCGAGACACCCACCACACCGCCCCUCGUUGCACAUACACAGGUGCAUGUGCAGAUUAUGGAUAUCAACGACAACUGUCCUCAGUUCGAAUCAAACCCUUACUUGGCAACCGUGCCAGAGAACACAGACCCUGGUAUACAUGUGAUCAAAGUCAAAGCAUUUGAUAAUGACACUGGAGUAAACGCCGAGGUGCGAUAUGCAUUCACAGCCGAGGUAGGCAAGCUCGCUAAUAUGUUUGCUAUCAAUUCAGAAACAGGGGAGAUAACUCUGUUGGUGCCUUUGGACAGGGAAGAGGCCGAUGAGUAUAAUCUGACUGUGAUCGCCAGCGACCGAGGUUCCAAAGAGAGCCUCAGCAACACCACACUGGUGACCGUUCGGGUCAUGGACCAUAACGAUGAGGCACCCGUCUUCAGCCAGACCACGUAUUCCGCGGCCGUCAAUGAGGAUGCCUUACCGGGCACUGUCAUUGUGUCCAUCUCUACGUCUGAUGGUGACCUGGCCUCAGACAUCACCUACUAUGUGACUAGCGGAGAUCCCCUAGGGCAGUUCAGCAUCAGCAAGGCUGGAGAGGUAUACGUAAACAGGGCACUGGACAGGGAGGCUAAGUCUCGCUACAAGAUGACUAUCAUGGCAACCGAUGGUGGAUUUGUUACCACGGCGAUGGUUGUCAUAGAUAUACUUGAUGCCAAUGAUAACGCUCCUAACUGCGAUAUACCGUUAUACCAGAAGUUUGUGACAGAAGAUGUGGCUCCCAACCAUUACGUUACUCCCAUCAUUGCUACUGAUGCUGAUGAACACGGGACGCGCAAUGCCAGGAUCAAGUACUCCCUGGAAGGAGAAGGGGCAGAGAACUUCAACAUCGAUGAGAAAACAGGUUACCUGACGACAGCUGCUGAAUUAGAUAGAGAGGUACAGGCUGAUUAUAAACUGCUGGUUCAUGCAGUAGACGGAGGAGGACUGUCCUGUACCACAGAGGUGUACGUUGCUGUCAAGGAUGUCAAUGACAACGCCCCAGUCUUCACCAUGGAAACCUACACCGUCACCAUCGCAGAAAGCGCCAAAGUGAACACGCUUAUUACCCGUGUGUCAGCGUCGGAUGAAGAUCUGGGUAUAAAUCGUAAAGUGAAGUACCGGUUGAAGGACAGGUCUGACACUUUUUCCUUGGAUGAGGUCAAUGGUAUCAUCAGCCUGAUUCGCUGUGUGGACAGGGAGAUAACUCCGCAAUACUCCUUAGCUGUGGAGGCAUAUGAUCAGGGCAACCCCUCUCUGUCGUCAGAGGCCAUGGUCCAGGUCGUGGUGCUGGACAUCAAUGACAAUCCCCCUGAGUUUGAGCUGACCAGUUACUCGGUCAGUGUACAGGAGGAUGUACCUACAGGUACGGCUGUAGUGACCGUACUGGCCACCAGCAGGGAUGUGGGCAUCAACGCUGUCAUCACAUACUCUAUCGUGGCUGGCAAUGAGCUGGGGAAGUUCACAGUAGGUCCGUCCACAGGUGUUAUCCGUGUAGAUAAGAUGCUGGAUCAUGAGGCUUCUCGCGAGUUCUUCCUCACAGUACAAGCCAGUGACGGUGGCUCCCCCACCCUGAGUAACACAGCCGUGGUGAACAUUAAUGUGACGGAUGUCAAUGAUAUGCCUCCACGCUUCAGCCAGCCCAUUUACUCAGGCUCUAUAAGGGAAGAUGCUAAGGAAGGGGAGACAAUUCUGCAGGUUAUGGCUACUGAUGAAGACAGCCCUCCGUUUGAUGACAUCACCUACAGCAUCAUCAAGGGUGACCCUGAGAAUAGGUUCUUGAUUGGGGAGAAGACUGGUGUUGUUACAGUAGGAGAGGUGCUGGACAGGGAACAGACUGCUGAGUAUACACUGACUGUCGUGGCCUCUGAUGGUGACCUGCUGACCUCUGUUGACGUAACAAUCACCAUUAAGGAUGCUAAUGACUGUCCACCUGUCUUCCAGCUGAACAACCAUACUGUCUUUGUACAGGAGGACCGCAGUGUUGGUUACAACAUCCUGACCUUCAAAGUGGAAGAUUGUGACCUUGAGCCUAAUGCAGGCCCAUUCUCUUUUGACAUCAUCAGCGGUAACCAAGGAAAUGAGUUCCGAGUGGACAGCAAAGGGACACUGUUAAUUGCAGGUAUAUUCCGCAAACAGGUGAAGGAUGUGUAUAACCUCACCAUCCGUGUGUUUGACAAUGGUCUCCCCACACUUUACACUGAUACCAGUGUUAUCAUUCACAUCAUAGAGGAGAGCAGCUACCCACCUAAGGUAGGCAGUCUGAGUGUUGGCAUUAGUUCAUACCUGGACGAGUUCCCAGGUGGACUGAUUGGCCAGGUGUUAGCCACGGAUGAUGACAUCUAUGACAGACUGACCUACACCAUUACUUCACCCAACAAACACCUGUUCAACAUUGAUGAGAAAGAUGGUCGUAUCAUAGCCUUGCCAGGCUUGGAUGCUGGAGACUAUGUGAUUGUUGUGAGUGUGACGGACGGCAAGUACUACACUACGACGAGUGUGAAUGUGGAGGUGCAGUCCAUCACCCAGGAAAUGGUGGACAACGCCAUCACCAUUCAGCUAGAAAACCUUGUGCCGGAAGAAUUUCUACAGAGAAACAUCAAGGCCUUCAAGAGGACGCUCAAGGCAGAGUUAUCUGUGCGUGCUAAGGACAUUGAAAUUAUCAGCGUUCAGCCUGCUGUAGAGGACAGCGACCAGAACAUCUUCAAACGUCAGCGGCGAGCCAUUCACGGCCAGAAUCUUGAUGUCUUGUUUGCUGUGAGAAAGUCGCCCAGCUCAUACUACCGCAGCAAUGCCUUGCGACGCAAGGUCUCCCUGGCGAUACCCACCUUGGAGUCUGCUCUGGGCGUUCCCGUUGUGAAGGUGUUUAAUGACAUCUGUGAGCGAGAUUUCUGUGACCAGGGAGAGUGUUUCAGCUACGUGGAGUUUAACAAAGAGUCCGUGGUGCGUGUUGUGCUUGAUGAUGAAACAUACGUCACCGCUCAGCAUAAGUAUGCCCGCAAGUGCCAGUGUCAUGAGGGCUAUGGUGGUGAGAAGUGUUCAGAGCAGGUGACCACCUGUAUCCACAAGCCCUGCCCUAGUUACAUGUUGUGUCGACCACACCCUGCCCAGGGGUACCAAUGUGAGUGCCCAGUGGGGCGCACUGGGCCACGCUGUGAGGAAGAAUUACCCAAGGCCCAGGGAGUAUGUACGGAUGUCCACUGUCAGAGAGGUGACAAGCCGAUGACGUUCUCUGGCCGUAGUUAUGCUCGCUGGAGGUUGGUGGACAAGAUGGAGAGGCGUCUCAGCCUGGCCAUUAAAAUAAAGACCCGCAAGGCCACUGCCAGUCUGAUGUAUGCCACGGGUCAGAGGGACUACAGCAUUCUGGAGCUGAUCAAUGGGAUGGUACAGUUCAAGUUUAACCUGGGCAGUGGUCAGGGAGCUGUGUUAAUUCCGGAGAUAAUCAGCGACGGCAACUGGCAUGAGAUCAUUGUGGAACGGAACGGGAACUUUGCUGAGGUCAUGCUGAACGGACGAUUCUCAGGCCAGGUGUUGGCACCAGAACCAAAUGAUAUCCUCAAUCUUUACACACAUGAUGUGUACUUUGGGGCAGAGGUCACGCUUAUGACCAAUGGCUACAAGAACAUACAGAAUGGAUUUGAAGGUUGUAUGGAUGACAUUAAGGUCAACGGUGUGCGACUCCCAGCAUCAGGAAGCAACUCUGUGGCAACCAGUCAGGAUUUUAAGGAUGUUGAAUUUCACUGUAGAGAUUCUGGAUCUAUCCCCAGCGAUACAAGUGGCGCUUGUGGCAGUUUCCCAUGCCUGAACGGUGGUCAGUGUAUAAGUCUGAACCAGCAGACAUUCCACUGUCAAUGUCUGGACAGGUUCCGAGGCCAGAAGUGUGAAAUUGACAGCAACCCCUGCGCCAGUAACCCCUGCAUGUACGGAGGUGUAUGUUCCAAUGUUGCUGAGGUUCCUAAUGACUUCAUGUGUAAGUGUGACGUGGGUUUAUCUGGCAAGCGGUGUAACUAUGGCCGCUACUGUCACCCUGACGUCUGCAUUAACAACGGGGUCUGCAUUGAGGGGCCUAACUCUGCCAUUUGUCAGUGCGACCAAGAGAGAUUUGCAGGAAAACGAUGUGAGUUGAAUGUGGACCCAUGUUUCGGCUCCCCCUGCCUGCAUGGUGGCAUCUGCCAGAGAAGGGGCCAGACCUACACCUGUAACUGCACAGAAGGUACAGCAGGUGUGGACUGUAAGGAGGUCACAGUGCCUGCCAUCACCCCCAGCCUCAGUGUGGAGGAGAUAUACGGCAUUAUAGGCUGCCUGGUGGGCCUCUUGUUGAUAGUCAUCGUAUUUGUGAGUUACCGGCUGUGUCGCAGGAGACAGAAGCGUCGCCGUGGUAACGUAACUGCCGGGAUCGCUAACGACCCGAGUGAUGUCCUGCUGAACAGUAUUCAUGACGACAUGAAGCGUACGAAGCUGAGUAACCUGGACAUAGCCCUGUCCGUGCAGAACAAGCCUCCAAGUCCACGACCCCCACCUGUCCCUAACCGUCCAGCAUCCUAUACACCCAGCAACCAUGACUCUGUCAACACCCUGAACAAUUUUGACACUGUCAGGAACUACGGCAGCGCUGCGGACGAUUUAGAAAGUAUUCACAACAUUCCAGUGUACAACUCAGAGUAUUUACAGACUUUUACCGGACCUCGUACCACCCCAGCCAGCAUUCCACCCUCACUACCUCCUCCCCCACCCUCCAAUUCAGCGUCAGACUCUGACUCCAUACAGAAAGCACACUGGGAGUUUGACUACCCUAAUAUAAUGGAGAACUACGGUGAAGAUAAAAAGUACGCAGAUAACCUGGCUAAGAUGAUGCCUGGGGCCCACAUGCCACCGACCAUGGCCGGGCCCUGUACAGGUUCCUUUUCUAGCCUACCUGUAUCCGAGUCUGAAGAUGACCUCCCAGUCAAGCGAGGGAAGAAGAAAGGUUACCACUGGGACACCAGUGACUGGGCGCCACACCCUUCCCUUCCGAACAUAAGCGAAGUGCCGAUGAAAGAGAUUUUAGAUUCGCCAAGCUCCAGCCCCCACAGUCAUGACUCCAACACCAACAUAGGAGUGCAGGAGCAUAGCCAUGCCGAGGAGGAGGAUGGCAUCAAUGAGCACAGCCAUCUGCUCUACGACUCUGAGUAUGUGGAGAAUGAAUCGGAGUACGUGGGAGAUUCUGAAUACGCCGACAAUGAGUUUGAUGAUGAGUACAAUGAUGACCCCACCCAGUACCCAUCUCACGCAGACUUCCAGCAGAUCCUGGCUCUUCAGGCCCAGCUUCAGGAGGCCGUAGACUACGAGUUACCCAGGCAUAACCUCAAUGUCCACCCAGACCAGUACCUGCCCCAUUACAGCCUCAACGGACACCAAAGCGAACAGGAUAAUGCCGAUGAGGAGGACAACGGAAACCGGCAGCCAUUGCUGGGUGCGGAGGCUCGCGCCCCGGAGGAGAACAUCAUCCAUUAUGGGUUUCCACGCCAGGGACCACGCAGGUUCAUGGGGGAUGACCUCGGGGUGCAGAGCGACUGUAAUGGAGACUUUGAGAACUCUCAGUCAGCUUUAGAUGACAUGAGCGUGUCUGUAGGUGGUUACACCUCCACCAAUGCCUCAUGCUCUGACAUCUCUGGUCUCUGUGAGAUAGAAGACAGCGAGAUCAAUCUUUCUGAUGAGGACAGCACGGAGUCUAGCCCCUCGGCCCGACUGCGCGCAGACAACCUGCACACACAGGUGUGAUGGCUUGUUAGUGGUGCACCGGUGUGAAGUGUCAUCUAAGAACUCUGGUAGACAGUCAGCCCUUGCCCCCUGAGUGACUUCAGUGUCCAUUAUGCGGGUCCCCCCAGCAGCCAAGCCAGUCCUGGAAAUUCCCUCAAUGCAAAUAGGUGUACAGUUAUCUUCCCUGGCCUGGCUGGCAUGGUGCUAUAUUUUCUGUGAACACGUGAUCUGAGUCUGUGUACUGGCACAGUUCACCUGCCUGCUUGAUUGGUGUAAGCUUUGUGAUAUUUGUCUGGUUUGGCAGAUGUUGAAUUUGACUGUGGUGUUGAUGUUAUUGUGGUAGCAGUGUUCCGGAGUUCAAGCUAUGACUCAAAGUGUCAUUGAACGUUAUGUCCUGCGGAAAUCUCUGGAGGCUACUGUUGUAUUUGUCAAAUGUAACUAUUGAAUCUGAAUUACAAAUUUUAUUAUAUUGGUGAAACUUGAUCCCCAGACCAGAAUGUCUGCAAUCAAAAUGUGAUUUUGACAAAUGUACUUUCAUUUUAGUCAUGAAAACCAUAGUAAUUAGUGCAAAUUUCAUGAAAUUCUGUGUAUCAUUUUUUAUGACAUUGUGUAUGAGAAAAUGUGGUACACAGUAGACUUUGAUUAGUGUAGCUGUGUGCAGAUGUGUCAUUAUAUUGUAUCGGGCACAAUGUCAAGCUGCCUUGGUUGGGAAGCAUUUCAAGGCAGACUUCCCUAUCUGUUGCUGUGGUGUUCAUGGUUGUGAAGACUGUGGUUGUUACUGUGUUCCUUAUAGCUCAUUCAAAUUGGCUGUUUCCCCGCCUGUGCCUCCCGCCUCCCGCCUUGUUUUGUAAUUUACUUGCCAUAGUUUGUAGAAACUGAUCCAAAGUUUUGUCUGUACAUGCAUAUGUAUAUCUCUUUAUAUUUGCCAAGGAAAUGAAAUACAAUUUGUUGCGUAGUACAGGCUGCAUGCAUGCAUUUGCGUUAAUGCGUAUGCAGUGUAGUUCACCUUUUCACUCUCAGAGCAACCUGUAUUAAAUACCAUGUUUUUAUUAAUUCAGCUCUGAAUUGUACAAAACCUGCCAAGGACAAUGCCAAAAUAGCAUCCAAGCAGUACUAGACCAAGAUUCAACCACAUUUGUUGUAUUUUACAUCUUCCUGUUUUAAACUAAUUUUAUCCUCCCAUGACUACUGCCUUUGAAUAAGUCCAUAUUUAGUGGAUUUUUUGUACAGUGUAAUGUAGAUAUGCAUGACCUGUUGAAGUCGCAAAUGUUACCAUAUAGAAUUGUUUAUCAAUUUAUACUUCUCUGCUGAAAGCUUAGGGCAACAGUUUGUUCAGAUAAUGCAAGUUUUAUUGAUCCAUUCCAGAUUUGAUGUUUAAGGGCAAUUUUAUCGUGUCUUCUAUUUGGUUGUGAAUUUUAGAUUUGCUGCCAUAUUGGAUUGCUUCACUUUCAUUGUCAUGGGUAAUUUUCAACAAAUUGGUUUCUCUCAUAUGACUGUACAUAAUAUUUGCAUACAUGUACAUGUAUGUGUAUUACUUUCUGAGGACUGACCAAAGAUAUCACUAGAAAAUUUACAGUAUGAUUCCCAAUGUUGUGUUCUUAGGUCUGUGGUGUCCAGAGUGAAAUAGUAGGCACUGAAUGCUGGUCAUGGACUAUGUGCAGUUUCCUGCAAUAUGUUCUCAGUCUGGCUUGUACGUCCAGGUUUAUAAAAUCUGCAUGAAUUCAAAUCCCUGAUGUGUGAGAUGAGUUUAAAUAAGCCACCACUAUUUUAAGGUUUCCAUGGUUUUAAUACUGUCAGGUAUCGAAAUGCAGUAUCGUUUUUUUUUUGUCUACAUACAUGUAUAUGUAGAGGGUUUUACAGUGCAGAAGUUGCAGAACUUGUUCAACUUGUCUUGCAUCUUAAUUUCUAAGAUCUCAGCAUUUUCUUACAUAAGCUUAUUAAUUCUUGUUUAAAGUAUACUGUGUUUCUUUGUACUUUUAGAUACUGAGCCUGAAGAUUUUAGGACAUUUGCCAACUUUAAUAAUUUAUUAUAGCUUUGUUAAGAAAUUGUUUUGUGCACAAUUGUGUGUCUGAGCCCCUGGGAAGAUUUAUUGUCUGUAGUCGCUGUUGCGCUUUAUCUAGUCUAGAGAAUUUGCAAGUUUCUCCCCAGAGUAUGUGCUUCGUUUUUCUUUCUCCUUUCUCAUCUUUCAUUUCAGUUACCAUUCAUUGUUGGGUUUUCAGCCAUCUGGCCCAGUAGGCUGGAAAUCAUGGGAUGCCAUCUGGCCCAGUAGGCUGGAAAUCAUGGGAUGCUAUUUAUGUUUGUUAAAGGUGCUUACCUUGAAAUGCUAUCUUAGAGAAAGACUUUAUUGUUUUUGUUUUAACUGUUUGUGCCCUGGGUAAAUCGUAUUGGAGGUUCAAUCUUAUAGGACGCUGGAGGCAUGUCAGUUUGCUGCCAGCUUCUUAACUUUACGUUAUUUAUGUUGAAUUUCCUCAAAGGGACUUCCAUGUCGUAAAAUUGUAAAUAUAAGUAUUUUCACCCAGGUCACACUGAAUGCCUCAAUUCUUUUUCACUCUCAUUUUAUCUGUCAUCAAAUCAUGUGUGAAAUCAGUAUGGGAAGGUGUACAUUUUAAGCGAAGCUCUUGUGACUGGAUGUUAAUAUGGUUACGUGGAUGUUGUAUGUAUUCUUACCAUAUGAUUAUGCUGAGUUUUCUAUAAGAUUGUUAAACAGUACAUGUGUUGGUAGACUGAGUCAAGCCAUCGACUACUGGAUUGAGUAGUGUGCGAAACUUGUCUACUUUUGUACCCAGAUGAAUAAAUAAGAUCUA